UUGACGGCCACUUUGGUUGUUGUGAUAUUUGUCGACGCGAUAUCAUGUGGAAUUUCGCCACUUCAAAUACAUUAUAGUUGUACUUUCAGAGCUUUUAUUGCCAAAAUCGAAGGCCGUUAUCGUAGCUUUUCUUCUUAUGUAUCAGAGGUUUGGUAAUCGUACCGGAAACUGAUGGGAAAUCUUUCAGACAGUUACAAACAGAUCUAGGCAAUUAAUGACUCCCGUACUCGGAUUCUUUGCAGAUCAAACAAAUGUAACAUAAAUCUCAUCGAAACGCGUAUUUUCGAUUCGUUUGUUCGCUCUCGACCGUUGAUAACCAAUUCAACUAAAUAUCACGAUAAGAUACUGUUAUUUAAGUUACCCCCACAACGCUAGUUUGUUCCAUUUAAUUGUUAAGUUGACAAUCGAACAGCUGAGUCAUGCGCGCCUUAUUAAAAACAAACUACAACAGUUUCUACGAGAGAACGACGCAGCUACGAAGCAAGUUUCGUCGAUUUCGGUCGAUCUUACUCACUCCGGUCACAGCUGGUCAGCACCCGGAAACUUCACCUGCUAUUCCUCGUAGAUUAUGGGCCAGGGCCCGAGCGUGUGACAGUUUUCACAACUACGAUACCGAGAGGUGAGUACCACUACCCCCUGUACAACUUAUCGGUGGUGCUCAAAGCUGCGCGGCCGCAUAUAUCGUUCUCUCGCUGAACAGGGUAUACGUAUGCGGGUAAAGUAGACGUAGGCACAUGCAUUUUAAUUUCUUCACCGCUAGAGUAAAUAUAUGCAUUUCUAUUAUGCAUGAUAAUGACAUCUGAAUUCAGGAAGGAGGAUAAAGAAAAUUGACUCGUUGAUACAGAUGAAUUUAUAAAGCUAUAAUUAGCAUAUGGUUAGCGAACGAGAGACAAGUUAUAAAUUCGUCAGUUUUCUCGCACAUCUCACCAGAUUUCUUAUCGUUCCAACGUUAUCGUGAAAAAUCUGUGGUCAUUUUUUGUUUCAUUAUAAAACAGGCAAAUCGAAUUUCCACGCUUCAGAUGUUCAGUCAAUGCGCACACGCCCAGAUAUUGUUGAAUUUCAACCGUAGGCAGUCGGGAAAAAUUGUAACAAGAUGGUUAACAAAGAUUCCGAAAAAGGACAGUACGCUUCUCCCGAAGGAUCGCACUACUGGGAAUACCUGACAACAUUCUGUUGCACGAUUAUCAUGCUUUGUAUCGGAAACGUGGUGGGAUGGAAUUCUCCCAGUUUGGGAAAACUCCUGGCUCCCGAUUCCCCGAUCACCCUUACGGCUUCGGACGCGUCGACGAUGGCGGCUGCCGUUUCAAUGGGGCAUACGUUCGCACCCCCAUUGACUAUGGUGAUGAUCGACAGACUCGGAAGGAAAAUGAGCCUCGUAAUAACCGGGGUUCCUCUGAUCAUUUGUUGGGGUUUGAUAAUAGUAGCGAACCACGUGUAUAUACUGUCGGCGGCAAGAUUCAUCGGUGGAUUUUCCUUGGGUCUCGGCUUUUGCAUCUGUCCUAUCUACCUCGGUGAAGUGGUGUCUCCAAAAUUACGCGGUAGCAUGGGAAUGCUGAUAAGCAUAAUGUUCAACAGCGGAGUGUUGUUCAUGAUGCUCGUCGUACCUUACGUGACCAUCAAAGCAUCGGCCGGCCUCUGCAUGGGACUGGUCAUCGUAUUUUUGGUAUGUUUUUCGUUCAUGCCCGAAUCCCCUUACUUCCUUGUAAUGGUCGGUCGCGACGAGGAGGCCGAGGCGGUCCUAGAAAAACUGAGAGGCAAGACGGACGUAUCGGAAGAAUUGGAAUUGAUAAAACUGACCCUCACCCAACGCGGUCGAUCGUUGGAAGAAUCGGAUACCGCUUCCGGUAAACGGGCGUCGUCGACGCCGAGAAAACUUGACGCUCUCAGGCAGAUCUGCACGGUGCGGGGAAACCGUAAAGCACUGUUCAUCAUACUGAUCUUCGUAUGCUCGCAUCAUUUCGGGGGUUUUAUUACUAUUACGAUAUACGGUCACGUAGUGUUCACCGCAAUGGGUGUACCUAUAGACUCCCACAUUUGUACCACCAUAGUGGCGUUGCUGCAGUCCGUAAGCACCGUAGUAGCAACGUUCCUCAUAGACAGACUGGGUCGUAAACCACUGCUCGCGGUUUCUGGGACAAUCAGCGGUAUUUGCCUGGUGGUAAUCAGCGGUUAUUUCUACGCGAUGGAGUACAUGGAUAUUGAUGUUUCGGAUUAUGUUAUGAUACCUUUUUCGGCGGUCAUUGUGUUGGUCGUAGCCGCUAAUUCCGGCGUUAUGCCCAUACAGAACGUCAUUCUUUCGGAGAUAUUCGACACCGAUAUAAAAGCGGUGGCAACUUGUAUAUUCGGUGUUAUCAGUGGAAUCAUCAGUAUAAUAACCGUGAAAUAUUAUCUAAUGAUGGCCACCUCUUGGGGAUUCGGGCAAUCGGUUCCGUUCAUCAUAUGUGCUAUAGCCACUUGGCUGUGCACCGGAUUAUUGAUGUGGAUUCUGCCGGAAACUAGGGGAAAAACAUUUUUACAGAUUCAAAAAGACCUGAACGCGUGAAGGACUCUAAACUAUAGCGGUAUUGACUAUUUGUUUGCUUAGUUUAGUUUUUUUUUUUGUUUUUUUUUUUAUACGAAUCAUCAUCGAUACGAACCGCUGCUCGUUAUCAGAACAGAGAAUUCAAAUGAAUUGCUAUUUUUUUAACAACUCGUUCGUAUACCGUGGAAGUCCCUAUCGCGUCAGAGAAUCUAAGUCACGGUUUGUAUUAUUUAUAUUUAUUGAGAAAAGCUUACUACGGUGAGGAACGUACGUAGGUACGUUGAAUCCGUAAGUGACAUGAAUUAUCUGAGUACAAUAAAUUUAUCUCAUUUUAACACGA